AUGUCAUCAAUAAGACUUGCUUUGGCACAAAUAUUGGUAAGUAGUAACAAAGAAGAAAAUAUAAGUAAAGCUGUUUCAUUUAUUCAUAAAGCAAAGCAACAGGAAGCUAACAUUAUUACUUUACCAGAAUGUUUCAAUUCACCUUAUGGAACAAAUCAUUUUCCAAAAUAUGCUGAAGUCAUUCCAACUGGUGAAACUAGUAUGGCUUUAUCGAAUGCCGCUAAGAAAAAUGAAAUCUACGUAAUCGGCGGCACAAUACCCGAAAGGGAGGGAGAUAUACUUUUCAAUACAUGCACCGUUUGGAAUCCCGAAGGAAAGCUCAUUGCCAAACAUAGGAAGAUGCACCUGUUCGACAUCGACAUUAAGAAUAAGAUAACGUUCCGUGAAAGCGAGACAUUAAGCCCAGGUGAAACAUUAACGACCUUCGACGCACUUGGCAGCAAAAUUGGUAUCGGCAUCUGUUACGACAUCAGGUUCGAAGAGAUGGCCCGAUUAUAUCGGAAUCGCGGCUGCAAUAUACUUGUAUAUCCCGCAGCAUUCAAUAUGACGACGGGGCCGCUGCACUGGUCGUUGCUUCAGCGAUCUCGAGCCAACGACAAUCAGCUAUAUGUCGCUUGCGUAUCGCCGGCUAGGUCUCAGGGCGCCGGUUAUAUCGCUUGGGGUCACACUCAGUUAACUAGCCCCUGGGGCGAGGUCUUGGCUGAGCUCAAUGCCGAUGAGGACAUGAUUGUGAAAGACAUAGAUUUAAAAGUAGUGGACGAAGUUAGAGAGCAAAUACCAAUAUUUAAUCAACGACGCAAGGACUUAUAUGAUACGGUUUGGAAAAAAAAUUAAAAAAGAAUGGAAACUAUUAGUAUAAGAUUUAUUAAAAUAUAGUUUUC